UUAGACUAUAAUCCUUCAACUUUACUUUUCAUUUCAUUCAAAAAAGAAAGAAGAAAAAAUAGUACUAUUAUAAAUGGCUUCAUCGGAGAUUGUGGAUUCCGGGAGAUAUGCCGGUCAGAAAUCGCAUUUCUCUCAUACAUGUAAUUUGUUGAGCCAAUACUUGAAGGAGAAGAAAGGUUCUUUAGGAGAUCUCAGCCUUGAUAUACAUCGCAAUUUUGAUUCAACUGGUUCUACUACUAUGGAUUUGUUGCCAAUGAUUGAGAAAUCUGGUAAGUCGGUUCAGAAAUCCAUGAAUCUGUUCCGUCAAGGUUCAAUGAAGGCUGAAUCGGAACCGGAAAAGGCACAGAUGACGAUAUUCUAUGCAGGUCAAGUUAUUGUGUUUAAUGAUUUUCCGGCAGAUAAAGCUAAAGAAAUCAUGCUUAUGGCUAGUACUAGCAAGGGAAACAACACACAUAAACAAUUGGAAUUGGAAUCUGCUGCCGAUUUGGUUGUUCCCAGUUUCGGAAGUAGUUCGAUCCAGGAAAAUCAAAUGCCUAACCAGCCAAUUGUUUCUGAUUUACCAAUUGCGAGAAGAGCUUCACUAACAAGGUUUUUGGAGAAGAGAAAAGACAGGCUGACUGCAAAAGUACCUUACUAUAGAGAGGAAGCAGCUCCUAAGAAGGAAGAAAACAAGGCGGCAUGGCUGGGAUUGGGUGGUCAAUUUGCAGUGAAAACUGAGCAAUACUAGUGGCUUUAAUUGCUUAGUAGAAGCCUAGAUAACCAAUUACUACAAGUUUAAUCUUGGCUUCAACCCUCAUUGAACUCCAUACUUAUUAGAUCUGACUAUUAUUAUUAUUACUGUAAUAGAUUUCUGUAAUUAAAACCAGAUAUGGUUGUUCAAUUCAUCAUCUCUCAAGUU